AUGGACCUCGCCAUCGCAGCGGCCGCGACCGACGUCGGCCUCACCACCAAGCUCGCGUCCCUGCUGCCCAUCCUCGACGCCUUCAACUACCGCCAUCGCAACCAGCACAGCGCCUCGCACUGGUGGUCCGCCUUUAGGCAGUUUCGGCAUGGUGCCCGCUCUCUGGCAGCGGAUCUGCACCGGCACCAGGCUUUGAACCAGCCGCACACUGACAGUAGCAAGAAGAGCACCGCGGCCAAGGCCAAGGCCAAACGUGCCCAGAAGCAGCUUCUUGCGCGCCUGGCUCUGUUCCGGAACCACACUGUCCCCAAGGCGUAUAUCUGCUUCUCCCAACUCAUUGCCGAUAACCAACACGCCGCGCUUGGUCUUUUGCUGUUCAGCGCCCUUGCGAGCGUAAACUCCAUACUCGACUCUAUAUCGCCGCCGCAACAGCAGUCUUCCGGUGCACAGCGUCCUGUUGCGGAUACUAGCCCGUCGUCAACACCCUCCACGUCCAAUCAACCUCGACAAGGCCGAGACGAGAACACAGACAGAGGCGUGACCAUCUCGCGAGAUCGCAUCGCUGGGGUUGCGCCCAAACCAUCCAAGCGGUUAAGCCCCGCUCCCAACGAGGAUGCUGCGGCGAAGAACAGGGACAGCGAUACCCAAUCGAAUAAGAAGCGCCCCGUGCGCAGCAUAGAGAAAGCUGACCAAGUACUGGAAGCCGAUCAAAAGCAAAAGAAGAAGAAAUCGAAAAAGAAAGCCAAGGGUGAUGAGCUGUCAAGCUUAUUCGGGUCGCUAUAA